AUGUGGAUAGUGAAUGUUAUAUCAGUCAUCAGUUUUACCAGCAUAUUGUCUACAACGACCGGAUUGCGAUGUUUAACAUGUAAAGAUGACAGAAGGUUAACCGAUUGCUACUGGAGAACACCAUCAAGUUGUUCAGAUGGUGUAGAGAGCUGUUACCUAGAAGUGAGUGUACUGCGGACGUUGGACACAGUAUUUAAUGCUGGAUGUCGUUCUGUUCAGGUUUGUCAAUUACUGGAUACAUUGAACAAAGAUAAUGUAAAUGCAAACACCGCCAGUGUAGACAAGCGAUUGUCAAGUCCUUAUGCAGGCACUGCAUGUGCUCAGUGUUGUUCACAAUCAACAACAGACCACCAAAUGCCAUGUAAUACAGCUUUGUGUAACCAAAGACCAAAUUUGAGAAUUUUCUUCGGUCUGAUUGGUAAAAGAAAUAGUAAAGAGUAAAUAAAAAUGUAAUCAAUAAUUCUCGUGUCCAUAUGUAAAAAAAGGACUACUUGGAUAUUGUAUUUUCCUCUAUCGUUAUUCUCAUGUUUUCUU